CGCAUGCACGUGUGACGUGCGCUGUCACCUUGGACCAGCUGUAAAUUGAUUUGUCAUGUCGUACGUCGAUGCAAAAUAAAGAAAUCAGAGCAAUACGCAGUUAAACUUGCACCGUAAAGCAAUUCUAGGCCCGUUUCUUGAAAAUGGUGUACAUUUCAAGAAACGGCGCAGUGCAGGAAGCCCAACCAUGGGGAGUAGAUCGCAUAAAAGGCCUCAUAAUGGGAUUCUUUAACUUCCUGGUGAUGUUCUUCCGCACGAUGCUGGAUUUCCAGGGCGGCGGAUCAGCUGGCCGUGAUACACGACGCGGACCUGGUGGCGGUAGUGGUGGCGGCGGUGGUCCACCGGGUGGAGGACCUCGCCGACGACCGAUCGGCCGUCCGAUGACACUGUCCGACUGCACCGUACCGGGUGGUGGAUGAGCACGGUAAAGUGUCAAAACGCUGACUAUCGGUUAGCAUUUUGGCACCGUUUCCUACUCGUCGUUAGUGCGUGAACCUGUCCGGCUCGUAGGGACACUCCUACGUAUGACGGACGCAUCCUAAACCUUCGCUACCAAACAGGCGGAUGCGCCCCGAAGAAUGGGUUGUGCAGGUUCCCGAAGCUUGUACCGCGUGUGGUGGUGCGGUACACGGUUAUUUUUAUGUUAAACUGGCCGAACAUCGCCAAGGACAUUCGUAUAGCUACUAUCAACAUUCUAAACGCAACCGUUUAAACAUCCGUAUUGAAUAACGAACUAACGCAAUCUUUGCAAAUGAACCUCGUGUAAAAUUCUAUGUUGAAAUUAUAAUUUGGUUAAUUUCCUUGUGGCAAAAAAAACAUUCAAACGUUAUUAAAUCAAUCUUUGUGUAACAUAAUGUA